AUGACAGUGACCACAUGGAGAGCAUCUGCGGCUACCUGAUGAAGUACACCAACCUGGUGACCGGCUGGCAGUUCCGGUUUUUUGUCCUGAACAAUGAAGCCGGCCUGCUGGAGUAUUUUGUGAACGAGCAGUCGAAGAAUCAGAAGGCGCGGGGCACGGUGCAGCUGGCCGGGGCCGUCAUCUCCCCCAGCGAUGAAGACUCUCACACCUUCACAGUCAACGCAGCGAGCGGAGAGCAGUACAAACUGCGAGCCAGCGAUGCCAAGGAGCGCCAGCACUGGGUGAGCCGGCUGCAGAUCUGUACCCAGCACCACACAGAGGCCAUUGGAAAGAAUAAUCCUCCUCUGAAGUCUCGCAGCUUCUCUUUGGCCUCUCAGGGCAGCGGAAACUCCCCGGGGUCCCAAAGGCGGCCCAGUCAGAACCCGGCGUCUCUCAACGUCAACCGAGCAUUGCCUGCCAACCGCAGAGCCCAGAUCUUACAGCCGGACCACCUGGGAGAAGUCAGAGAGAUGAUGACCCAGGCCGAGGGUCAGCAGAGGGACCUCAUGCGCACCAUUGAAGGUCUUCCUCCCAGUGGCCAGUGGAGCUCCCUGGACCAGGACCUCCUGAUGCUGAAAGCCACUUCCAUGGCCACACUGAACUGCCUGAACGAUUGCUUCCACAUGCUGCACCAGCAACACGCGGCCUUACAGAAGAGCGUCCUGCCAUUGGGUGUGACCGUCAACUGGCUGGAGCCAAAAAUCCUGCUGAGCAACCACCUUGAGAACGGGGGAGAGCGCGGCUUUGGAGCGGAGGAGAGCAAAGAGCAGGAUUUGCUGAGCGAGCCUCAGGGGGAUCCCCAACACCUCCAGCUGACCAGGGAACUUGAAGAUGUGAACCCCGAGGACGAGGUGGAGGACGCCUGUGACGUGGCGGAGGAUGAUCUGGGGGCAGUGGAGGAACAACGCAGUGUCAUCCUGCACCUCCUGUCCCAGCUGAAGCUGGGGAUGGACCUGACACGGGUUGUCCUCCCCACCUUUAUCCUGGAGAAACGAUCGUUGCUGGAGAUGUACGCCGACUUCCUGUCCCACCCAGACCUCUUCCUGACCAUCGGCGGGGGUGUGACCCCGGAGGAGAGGAUGGUCAGGUUCGUGGAGUAUUAUCUCACCUCCUUUCACGAAGGUCGGAAAGGCGCUCUGGCCAAGAAGCCGUAUAAUCCCAUUAUCGGGGAGACCUUCCACUGCUCCUGGAGGGUCCCCAAAGAUUCUGUGGAGACCCCCAGAUCCUCGGAGGUGCCAGAAGUGAACUCGUUGCCGGAGGAGUCCGAGGACCAGGACAAGGACUUCUAUACGGUCAGGUUUGUGGCCGAGCAGGUCUCCCACCACCCUCCCGUCUCUGGCUUCUACGCAGAGUGCCCCGAGCGCAACAUGUGCGUCAACACGCACGUCUGGACCAAGAGCAAGUUCAUGGGGAUGUCCAUCGGUGUGACCAUGAUCGGAGAAGGUGUCCUCCACCUCUUGGAACAUGGCGAAGAAUACACCUUCACCCUGCCCUGUGCCUAUGCCCGCUCCAUCCUCACCGUGCCGUGGGUGGAGCUUGGCGGGAAGAUAAACGUCAACUGCGCGAAGACUGGUUACUCCGCGGCCAUCACCUUCCACACCAAACCCUUCUAUGGAGGCAAACUUCACAGGGUGACGGGCGAGGUGAAGCACAAUGCUACCAACACGGUGGCGUGUAGGAUUCAGGGCGAGUGGAACAGCAUCUUGGAGUUCACCUACAGCAACGGGGAUACCAAAUCCGUGGACCUGACCAAGCUGCCGGUGACGAGGAAGCGGGUCCGUCCUGUGGAGAAGCAGGGACUGUUCGAGUCCAGGAGGCUCUGGACGCAUGUGACGGAGGCCCUGAUGGCGAAAAAUAUUGAGGAGGCAACGGAACACAAGAGGGCGCUAGAGGAGCGUCAGAGGGCAGAGGAACGCCACCGCGCCGAGACUGAGACUCCAUGGAUAACGAAAUAUUUCUCAAAGGAGGUAAGUGGCCGAUGCUCCAGUGUGACGAUGAGGAGGAGAGGGAUGAGCUGA